AUGACGGGUGUUCUGUGUUUAGUGCUCGUGUUGUGUAGCGUGGCGCACGACGCCGUAGCCAGUCCUCUCAGUCCCGAGCAGGUGCUUGGCCCUAACUUCCGGCUUCAGGAUGACUUCCGGUCUGAGGAGGCGUCCUUGCGGGACCUGCUGUCACACCGACUUGGGAUGCCUUCCUACUGGGGCAUCUCCACAUCAGUCAUGAACCUGACAAGACUGCAGAUUCUGGAACGUAUGAAAGACUUCCCCGUUCAGUACGACUUCCGGGACCGCUACCUCUACAGCAACUACCUGUAUGUAGCGGCGGCGGCAGCAGUGGAGACGGCAUCGUGCGAGACAUGGGAAGACGCCAUCCAGAACAGAAUAUUCAAACCUCUUGGAAUGACAUCAAGUCGUCUAAGCACGCGGUUGACGGACGCCGACUGGAACAACAUCGCCUACUCCGCCGACAUCGUCCACAACAAGGUGGAGCAGUUCGACGAGCCAACGCUGUUACCGAUCAUCCAGGAGAUAGCUCCAGCUGCCGGCGUCUACAGUAACGCCCAAGACAUGGCGAAGUGGCUUCGCUUUCAUCUCAACUCGGGAAAGAACGAGCAAGGACACCAGGUGGUCGGUGCGCAGGCUCUGCAGGACACCUACCACCCGAACACCGCCUGGUAUACCACUUACCUCACCCGGGACACCUUCCCCGUCGACGACCUCAUCUACUCCUACGCCAUGGGCUGGAGGAACGGCGUGUACAGAGGUUACAAGAAGAAUCUCCACAUGGCCGCCUACAACGGCUACCAAGGGACGCUCACGUUCCUGCCUGAAGUCGGCGUCGGUGUAUGGGCUCACCUCUCCGGCGCUGCCAACCACAGGGGCUUCGACGCCAGGAACACCGUCAUCAUGUACAGCCUUGACCUCAUGCUGGGCAACGAGAUCUGGUUGAACUCGAGCACUGCCUGCUCCUUCCCGUCACCGUGGUUGCAGGAGGAUGCCGUACCUCCAGCCCCUACCGUCCCUGAAUAUGUACGUCCCAGCGUCGCCAUCAACACCACCGAGUAUAUUGGCAAAUACCACCACCCAGCGUUCGGUACGCUGGAGAUCUUCCACGACGACGUCAGUGGCCAUCUGCUUGGCUAUAGGUGA